UACCAGCGAAGAAAUGAAGGCGAAGCUUAAGCUAUACUCUUACUGGAGAAGCUCUCGUGGCCAUCGUGUGCGUAUAGCCCUCAGUUUAAAAGGGAUUGAAUAUGAAUAUAUACCAGUGAACUUGCUCAAGGGAGAGCAGUUUGACCCAGAUUUCAUGAAGAUCAAUCCAAUGGGUACUGUGCCUGCGCUUGUUGAUGGAGAGGUUGUGAUUACUGAUUCUUUUGCCAUUAUUAUGUAUCUAGAUGAGAAGUAUCCUGAACCACCGUUGUUACCUCGUGACCUCCAUAAACGAGCUCUAAAUCACCAGGUUGCGAGUAUUAUCUCCUCUGGUAUACAGCCACAUCAGAAUCUAGCCGAUGACAUGAAACUGAUUAUAACUUCACUUCUUAAACUCUUAUCAUUAGGUACAUCGAGGAAAAGGAAGAUUGCUUGGGUUAAUAACGCUAUCAGAAAAGGAUAUACAGCUCUGGAGAAGCUCUUGGUGAAUUGCGCUGGAAAAUAUGCAACUGGUGAUGAGAUUUACCUGGCUGAUCUUUUUCUAGUAGCCCAAGUCCAUGGAGCUAUGAUCAAAUUCAAGAUCGAUGUGGAACCGUACCCGACUCUUGCAAAGUGUUAUGAGUCAUACAAGGAACUGUCUGUGUUUGAAGAUGCAGUCGCAGCCAAGCAGCCAGAUGCUCCAGCUCUAAUGAUUUGA